AUGGCGUUCCCAGGGGCGCCGCACAUCAUAUUCGGCUGCGGCGGCCUUGGUCAAGAAUUCGUCGGCGAGGAUUCUGUGAGAGAGCUGUUGGAACUGCUCAAGGAAGCGGGUAUAGGUCGGCUCGAUACGGCCGCUCUAUAUCCGCCUUCAGACAUUGGGGCCUCGCAACGUCUGCUCGGACAAGUAGAGGCGGCGCGACUAGGAUUCGAUAUCGACACUAAGGUAUUGAUUAGCAUGUCUGGCUUCAAGGGUACUCUAGAGCCCGAGAAGAUCGCCAAGUCCAUUGCGGAGAGCUAUGAGGCCUUGAGGCUCGGAGAUGGUCAACGUGUCAAUGUCUUCUACCCCCAUGCUCCGGACGUGGCCACACCUUUGAAAGAUCAGGCAGCCGGGUUCGAUGCGCAAUACAAAAAGGGGUUGUUUGACAAGCUGGGUGUUUGUAACUUCUCAGCCGAGAUGCUUACCGAGUUCAUCGACAUCUGUGAACGUGAGGGAUAUGUUAAGCCGACCGUGUACGAGGGUAUCUACAACCUAAUCGACCGCCAACAUGAAGGGCCGGUGCUUGAUCUGGUUCGCAAACAUGGAAUGCAAUAUGUGGCGCAUAGUCCGCACGGUAGUGGUUUCCUCCACGGCGCCCUAACGUCCGGUGAAGUCGAGGGAACACGCUUCGCCAAGGGCAAUAUCAUGUCAACGGAUGCCCGGCGGUAUGAUACUGAUAAGAAUCACGAGGCCAUCCGAUUUCUCAACAAGGCGCUUGAACCGCACGGCAUCUCCAAGCCGGAAGUAGCGCUGCGUUGGCUCGCCUUCCAUUCGAAAUUGGAGCCACGAGAUGCUAUUAUUUUCGGCGCGAGCAAGAUUGCUCAAGUUAAAUUGAACGUGGAGGCGCUUCGGAAAGGCCCGCUUCCGCAAGAUGUAGUUGCGGUGCUUGAUGAGGCUUGGAAGAUUGUUAAGUAG